GCCGCGGCAGGUCACGUGACGGGAGCGCGGGCUUUGGAAGGCGGCGGACUGAGAGGGUAUCUGCGGCUAGUGCCUAGGAGGCGGCGGCGCUGAGGAGGGAGUUGGGCUGAGAUCUUUCCUGGGCCACGCCGGAGCGCCCCAGAAGCCAGCUGUCUCUCUGUAUUGCUAUGGGAAUUCAAGGACUGGCCAAACUGAUUGCCGAUGUGGCCCCCAGUGCCAUCCGGGAGAAUGACAUCAAGAGCUACUUUGGCCGCAAGGUGGCUAUCGAUGCCUCCAUGAGCAUUUAUCAGUUCCUAAUAGCUGUUCGCCAAGGGGGGGAUGUGCUGCAGAAUGAGGAGGGUGAGACCACCAGCCACCUGAUGGGCAUGUUCUACCGCACCAUCCGCAUGAUGGAGAACGGCAUCAAGCCCGUGUACGUCUUUGACGGCAAGCCGCCACAGCUCAAGUCAGGGGAGCUGGCCAAACGCAGCGAGCGGCGGGCUGAGGCGGAGAAGCAGCUGCAGCAGGCCCAGGCUGCUGGGGCCGAAGGGGAGGUGGAGAAGUUUACGAAGCGGCUGGUGAAGGUCACCAAGCAGCACAAUGAUGAGUGCAAGCAUCUCCUGAGCCUCAUGGGCAUCCCAUACCUCGAUGCGCCCAGCGAGGCUGAGGCCAGCUGUGCCGCCCUGGUGAAGGCCGGCAGAGUCUAUGCCGCGGCCACCGAGGACAUGGAUUGCCUGACCUUUGGCAGCCCUGUGCUCAUGCGGCACCUGACCGCUAGCGAGGCCAAGAAGCUGCCCAUCCAGGAGUUCCACCUGAGCCGGAUUCUGCAGGAGCUGGGCCUGAGCCAGGAGCAGUUUGUGGAUCUGUGCAUCCUGCUGGGCAGCGACUACUGUGAGACCAUUCGGGGCAUUGGGCCCAAGCGGGCCGUGGACCUCAUCCAGAAGCACAAGAGCAUCGAGGAGAUCGUGCGUCGGCUCGACCCCAACAAGUACCCUGUGCCAGAAAAUUGGCUCCACAAGGAGGCCCAGCAGCUCUUCCUGGAGCCCGAGGUGCUGGACCCGGAAUCUGUGGAGCUGAAGUGGAGCGAGCCAAAUGAAGAAGAGCUCGUCAAGUUCAUGUGUGGUGAAAAGCAGUUCUCCGAGGAGCGAAUCCGCAGCGGGGUCAGGAGGCUGAGCAAGAGCCGCCAGGGCAGCACCCAGGGCCGCCUGGAUGAUUUCUUCAAGGUGACUGGCUCCCUGUCUUCAGCUAAGCGCAAGGAGCCAGAACCCAAGGGGUCCGCUAAGAAGAGGGCAAAGACUGGGGCAGCAGGGAAGUUCAAAAGGGGAAAAUAAACGGGUUUCCCUUCAUUAUACCUCCUUGACCCCAGAAUAUCUGCCGUGUUGUACCCGCAAGAGCUGGCGCUGGAGAAACCUCCGUGGGGGUGGGGAGGGGCUUGCUUUGCUUCCCUAGCACCACCCUGCUCAGUAGUGCUUUUCCCUUUGUUACUUGAUCUCAUGGCAGGAAGGCCACAGAGGUUUGUUGUUUUCUUCUUUUUUAGCUCAGGAAAGUAUGUCAGGCUCAAGCCACCUCUCAGGCAAUUUAAUGGACACUGAAUCCAUUGUUAGUGAAAGUGAUAGCAGCAAGUUUUGAAGAAGAAAGAGGGAGAUAAAUGGUGGAGACAAAAGACUGGAAAUGAUUUCCUGCCUGGCCAACUGGUGGCUGGUGGGAGGUGACCGUGGGACUAGACUGUGCUUCUCUUUGGCUCAGCCGUGACCCACCCUGAAGGGUAGCCAUCAGGAAGAUGCAGUCUUAAACAGAUGGGAAGAGCUGCCGAGAAAUAAGAUAGGCAGAGUCCCUGGAGUUGGCAACAAGGGUUUGAUUACCAGCUGUGUGUCCUGAGGUGGGCAGAAACUUGAACUUGCUAUGUACAUAACUCUAGUUUUUACAGUGGUUAUUCAGAGGCAUAAAGUGGUGGUGCUUCACAUGGCCUCUGAGGCAGUUGAGUUGAAACUUUGGGAUAAGAUGCUGGGUUUUUUGUUGUGAAAGAUAUGAGGAGAAAAGAGUCAAUAAAAUUAUAAAAGUAACCAGAAUGUCCUGUUCUUUGAGAACAUUUGAAGACAUCUCAAGUGCCCCAGGUUUCAGGCAGUAUAAAAUAUUCUUUUCACUCCAAGUUAACGUGCUGGAAUUGCACUGUAGUAAUGGGUGGUUUGAGAGUGGCCACAAGAUGGCACCAUGCUCCAUAGAAUGGCCAAAGCAGCUUUGGCAGUACUUCAGCCAUUUAGAGGAUGAUGCCUAGUUUAUCUUGCUGGGAAAGGAGUUUUAAUAAAUUGAACGAAUUUCUAGUUUUCCACCUACUGUGUGAGACAGAGGAGCUCCUUUGAGAAAUCCUCACAAUUUAGAUCAACUACUUCAUAGCAUCCAAGCAUUUACUUUACCAGUUUGUAAAUCGUGAAAGCUGCCAUUCAAAAAUCACUUUCUUAAAAAAAAAAAAAAAAAAAAAAAUCACUUUCUUGUUCCCUUUGUGACGUCAACUUCAGGUUACUGUAUUUCAUAGAGGUGGAAUGUUUUUGUACUGAAAUUUUUAUAAUCCUAAUAAAACUUGAUGGGGGCUGUCCUGUUUGAGUUUCUAA